AUGACAUCCACAUCAACAUCAGCGGACGCCUUCGCCGGCCAAGGCGACAACAUUCUCCGGCCUCGACCACGGAAACCCUUGCAUACUCAGGUCUCCCAACUGUCCCACGAUGCAAACGGCGACAGCGACCAGGCUAACGGUACCGGAGCUACCAGUGUCACCGGCCAAAGCAGCGGCCGCUCGACCCCGAUUCCGUCCGAUGCUCCCCCGUCCAUCCAGUCCCUCUCGACCGCCCGCAAGCAAGUCCGUGCCGAACAACGCCGCCGUCUCUUUCCCACGAUAGAGUUCGCGAGCCGAGUAUCUCACUUCGAUCCCAACAGCGACUACCGCGACUUCCAUGGCUUCUUCAAUCUCUUCUGGAUCGGCCUGGCCAUCAUGGCCAUCACCACCGGUCUACGCAACAUCAAAGAUACAGGCUACCCGCUGCGCGUCCAGAUCUGGGGGCUCUUCACCGUCAAGCUUUGGCAUCUUGCCGUUGCUGACUUCCUCAUGGUUGCCACCACCGCCGUAUCCCUCCCGCUACACAAGGUCUUCCGCGCUGCCCCGACCGGCGGCGUCCUGACCUGGGCCAAGGGCGGCAUGGUCAUCCAGAGCAUUUACCAGGCCGCUUGGCUGACCGUCUGGAUUAUCAUUCCCUUCUGGCUCGAGUGGACAUGGACGGCCCAGGUCUUCCUGCUGCUGCACACCAUGGUGCUGCUCAUGAAGAUGCACUCGUACUCGUUCUACAUGGGCCACCUGUCCGAGACGGAGAAGCGUCUCCGGGCGCUCGACGACCCGGCCACCGCCUCCAAGGCCCCGGCCUACCUCUACCCGACUCCCGAAAACCCCAUGGGCACCGUCGUCAGCCCCAAGCAGCGCGCCGCCGAAACUGCCGCCGAAGCCAACGACAAGGAAACGGAGAUCAGUACCCCCAAUGAGGACGACGAGGUGGCCCAGCUCCGCGAGGACCUCGCCCGCGAACUCACCUCGCCCAUGGGCAACAUCACAUACCCGGCCAACCUGACGUGGGCCAACUACCUCGACUACCUCUGCUGCCCAACGCUGUGCUACGAGAUCGAGUACCCGCGCACCGCCGCCAUCGACUGGCAGAACCUGCUGUCCAAGAUCCUGGCCGUCUUCGGCUGCAUCUUUUUGCUGACCGUCAUCUCGGAGGAGUUCAUCCUGCCCGCCUUGACCGACGCCUCCAUCCGUCUCGACCCUUCUCUGCGCACCGCCGACACGGCGCUCACAGCCCUCGAGGUCCUGCUCAUUCUGUCCGAGACCAUCUCCUGGCUGCUGUUCCCCUUCAUGCUCACCUUCUUGUUGGUGUUUCUCGUCAUCUUCGAGUACGUCCUCGGCGCUUUUGCCGAGAUCACGCACUUUGCCGAUCGCCACUUCUACUCGGACUGGUGGAACAGCACGGACUGGAUGGAGUUUUCGCGCGAGUGGAACGUGCCCGUGUACAACUUUUUGCGCAGGCACGUGUACAGCGUCAGCAGGCCGCAUGUCGGCAAAGCGUAUGCGACGGUAAUUACGUUUUUGAUCUCGGCCGCGGGCCACGAGAUCGUCAUGGCGUGCAUCACCAAGAAGUUGAGGGGUUACGGCUUCAUUUGCCAGAUGCUCCAGUUGCCGAUCGUGAUGCUGCAGAGGACCAAGCUGGUCAGGGGGAAGAAGACGUUGAAUAAUGUUUGCUUUUGGUGUAGUAUGAUUUUGGGUUUGAGUUUGAUUUGCUCGCUUUACGUGUUGGUAUAA